AUGGGAAGGAAGCUGGACCUGUCUGGUCUGACCGAUGAUGAAACGGAGCAUGUUCUCCAGGUGGUUCAGCGAGACUUCAAUCUUCGCAAAAAGGAGGAAGAACGACUAAGUGAGAUGAAACAGAAGCUGGAUGAGGAAGGCAGCAAGUGCAGCAUCCUCUCCAAGCACCAGAAGUUUGUAGAACACUGCUGCAUGCGCUGUUGCUCUCCCUUCACUUUCCUUGUCAACACCAAGCGCCGCUGUGGGGACUGCAAGUUCAAUGUCUGCAAGAACUGCUGCUCCUACCAGAAGCAAGAGAAGGUCUGGAUCUGCUGUGUCUGCCAGCAGACCAGGCUUCUAAGGACUCAGUCUCUGGAAUGGUUCUACAAUAAUGUGAAAAGCCGCUUCAAACGCUUUGGCAGUGCCAAAGUCCUGAAAAACUUGUACAGGAAACACCGGCUGGAGAGUGGAGCAUGCUUUGACAUUCUAGGAGGAAGCUUUUUUGAGGCCAAUGUGGAAAAUGAAGAUAGCGUCUCAGGCAGUGACUCAACAUUCUAUAGGCAUUCAGAAGGACAUAGCAUGAUGGACACCUUGGCUGUUGCCUUACGAGUGGCUGAAGAAGCCAUUGAAGAAGCAAUUUGCAAAGCAGAAGCCUAUGGGGACAGCCUGGAUAAACAGAAUGAGGCCAGUUACCUGCGGGACCACAAGGAGGAGCUAACAGAAGAAUUGGCCACAACUAUCCUGCAGAAAAUCAUAAGGAAGCAGAAGAACAAAAGCGAGAAGCAAGUGGAAGAAGACCGAGAGUGCCCACAGCCCCAGAGCUGCGUUGUGAAGGCAGCCAAUGAGGGGGCCACAGCUUCCCCAGGAGGCCCUCAAGCUGCCACCACCGUCUGGCGGUCCCAGUCUGCCUGCUCACUCACUGGAGAAGAUGCCCUGAAGACCUCUUCCCAGGAUGCAGCCUGGAGGCAGCUGUGGGACCAGGGCCAGUGGCCCAGGGAGGAGCCCACUUUGCCCAGCUGGAAGAGCAUGGGCAGGCUAGACAAAACAGACCUGGCCCCAGUUUUGCAAAGCCCUGAUGGGAACUGGAUGGCCCUGAAGGAUGGCAAUCUGCCCCCAACUCGCCUGCUGGCCAAACCUAAGAGCGGAACGUUUGAGGCCCUGGAGGCUGCAUCCAGCGUGGUGUCUGCUUAUGAAGAGAUGGGCUCUGACAGCGAGGAGGACUUUGAUUGGAGCGAGGCCUUGAGUAAACUGUGCCCGGGACCCCAGGGCCUACUUGGGAACCCCCAGCAUCAGCCCACACAGGCCCAAGGACCCAACCAAGGCCCCUCAGUUGCCUCCCCCUCCUUAGCACUCUCUCCUAACCCUGAGGCCAUGUGCUCAGACUCGGAGACUUCCUCAGCAAGCUCUUCCCGGGAAGCUGGGCGCCAGGCCAGACUAUCCUGGCUGCCAAGGAAGCCCCCUAGGAACCCUGCAGCAGAGAAGACAAGCCUACAGGGAGAGCUGGAUGUGAACUUUAACCCCCAGGCAGCCAGCGGAGAGACCUCAGAUAGCAGCGAGCCUGAGGAGGCCCCCCGCAACACAGACCGGCAGGCCCGGAGGUGGAGAAGGGCCCGCAUGGGCUCAGAAGAGCCAACCAACAAACUAUCUUCCCCCAGUGCCUGUCCUCAGGAUCUGGAUUCACAUCAGAUGUUGGGUGAUUCUUCUGAGACUGACAUCAGCAAUGAGGCUCAGCGCCCCAGGACCAGCACAAACACUGUGGAGGAGAAACUGAGAAACCGCUUGUAUGAGUUAGCAAUGAAAAUGAGUGAAAAGGAGACUUCUUCAGGGGAGGAUCAGGAGUCUGAGACCAAGACAGAAUCAGAGAACCAGAAGGCAAGUCUGUCCUCUGAAGACAACAGCCAGAGUGUCCAGGAUGAGCUGAAGAAGAAGUACUCUGCUGUUUCUCUCUGCAACAUCUCCACAGAAGUUCUGAAAGUCAUCAAUGCCACAGAGGAGUUGAUAGCAGAGUCUACAGGGCCCUGGGAGUUCCCACCACUCCCUUCUGACAGGGUGAAGGGGACGUUUCCUCUUGGGACAGACCAAGUGAGACUGGAUGAACAGCUGACUUCCCUGGAAGAAAAUGUGUACCUGGCAGCAGGUACCGUGUAUGGACUGGAGGGCCAGCUGAACGAGCUGGAGGAUGCUGCCCGCUGCAUCCACAGUGGCACCGACGAGACAGAACUGGCAGAUCUGGAGGACCAGGUAGCCACAGCUGCAGCUCAGGUUCACCAUGCUGAGCUCCAGAUUUCUGAUAUUGAGAGCCGGAUUGCAGCCCUGACCAUUGCAGGAUUAAACAUAGCACCGUGUGUGCGCCUCACAAGAAAACGGGAUCAGAAGCAAAGGAACCAGGUACAAACCAUAGACACAUCAAGGCAGCAGAGGAGGAAACUGCCUGCUCCACCAGUGAAAGCAGAAAAAAAUGAGGCAUCUUCAAUGACCACCACUAAAACAUUUAACCGCAACUUCAUUCUCCAAGACUCCUCAACAAACAGGACUAAAGAAAGGAAAAGCACCACCAAGGAUUUGAUGGAGCCCACUCUGGAGUCUGCUGUGAUGUAUUAG